AUGAGCAAAGACUCAUCAGCUUCAUACAUCCACAUGCAUCAACCACGCCUAGCAGACCUCUUCGAAGAAUUUACCCGCCCACAUGCCUCCGCAGCAACAACAGAUCCUCACAACCCUAGUGACCGCGACACAAACCAAUACGGCUCGGCAUCACCAACAACAAUUCCCUCCUUCCUGCCCGUCGAAGACGUCUACGUCGCGCCUCAAUACCAGCCCCCAAACCCAGAGGACGAAGACGACGUCGUCCCAGACCAACAUGCCGCAUUUGGAAUUGCGCGAGCUAUGGAUCGGCGCCGUGAGGCCGUCUGGCGGGAUCUUGGUCUCGAGGCCCUUGUAAACGGCGAAGGACAUGGGGCGGCUGGGCCACUGACAGGACCUGGAGGGACGGGAGCUACUGGUGCUGCGGGGUCGGGGCCUGGGACUACGUUGCGUGGAAGUGGAGGUGGUACGGCGGCAGCGGGCACCCCGGUCAUUAGGGUUCGCGCGGCCGGAAGGAAAAUGGGUGGAAGGAGAGUGGUUGGACUGCGUUGA